AUGGUGACACUGGAUCGGUCAAGAGAGAUGAAUCGCCGUUUGUGGUUCGAUUUGCGAGAGAGAAUCGCGAGAGACGGUGAGAGCAUCAUUGAGAGAGACGACGAAAUCGACAUCGGAAGAGGAGAAGCUCCGAUGACAACAGCCUCUACGACAUCCCAAUCGCAAUUGCCAUCGGAGGAGGAGAAGAGAGAGACGACGGUGGCGGAAUCGACAUUGGAAGGGAGAAGCUCCGACGACAACGAUGACUUCGAUUUCGGCAUCGCAAUCACCAUCGACAUAGAGGAGGAGAAGAGAGAAAGAGAGACUCCAGAGAUCUGA